AUGCCGUACGCUAAUCAACCGUCUGUACAAAUAACUGAAUUAACAGACGACAAUGUAAAAUUUGUUUUGGAGGAUACCGAACUUAGUGUGGCAAAUAGCUUGCGUCGUGUUUUUAUUGCAGAGACACCAACACUUGCAAUCGACUGGGUACAGCUUGAAGCCAACUCUACCGUACUAUCUGAUGAAUUUCUUGCACACCGCAUUGGACUUAUUCCUUUGAUAUCUGAUGAAGUGGUGGAACGACUACAAUACACACGUGAUUGCAUUUGCUUGGAUUUUUGUCCGGAAUGUAGUGUUGAAUUUACACUUGACGUGAAAUGUACUGAAGAACAGACUCGUCAUGUUACGACUGCUGAUUUGAAGUCGAGUAACCCAAAAGUAUUGCCCGUAACAUCGCGUCAUGUCAAUGAAGAAGACAACGAAUAUGGUGAAAGCACAGAUGAAAUUUUAAUAAUAAAAUUACGACGUGGCCAAGAAUUGAAAUUGAGGGCUUAUGCAAAGAAAGGAUUUGGAAAAGAACAUGCUAAAUGGAACCCAACUGCAGGCGUUUGCUUUGAAUAUGAUCCAGAUAAUUCUAUGCGUCAUACUUUGUACCCCAAACCGGAUGAGUGGCCAAAAAGUGAACAUACCGAGUUAGAGGACGAUCAAUAUGAGGCACCUUAUAAUUGGGAAGCGAAACCCAAUAAAUUCUUCUAUAAUGUAGAGUCUUCCGGCGCACUUAAACCCGAAAAUAUUGUUAUAAUGGGAGUGCAAGUUUUAAAAAAUAAAUUGUCUAAUCUCCAGACACAGCUGAGUCACGAGACACAAAACGAUGCAUUAGCUGUAUAAAUACAAUAAAAAAUAAUUUUUUAAUAAUAAAUUUAUCAUUCGGAAA